UGUGACCCCCACAGCCUGAAAGCAUCAAAGCUUCAACCCCAUUCUUUAGAAAGUCGAAACCCUAAUUUGGUUUGUUCUCUGCAGAGUAAAGAAUGGGUGACAAGAAGAAAAAGGCUCAGAUGUUUGUCAAACUAGUGUCUGCUGCUGGGACUGGAUUCUUCUAUGUUAAGAGGAAACCAAGGCAGUUUACAGAGAAGCUUGAGUUUCGAAAAUAUGAUCCUAGAGUUAAUCGCCAUGUUCUGUUUACAGAGGCUAAAAUGAAGUGAUAUGGUUCAUUUUCAUGGCUUCUUUCCAUUGUAAUUGGACCAAUCUUGUGCUUCUUUUUGAAACUAUUAUCACAUUUGCUUUCUCAGCCUAUGUUCUUUUCUAUUCAGGUUUGUAUUUGUUUCUGCUGUGAAUUUUAUGCAAUUGCUUGAUUAAUUAUUU